AUGCUUGCUCAAUACUUUACUACUACUACUACUACUACUACUACUACUACUACUACUACUACUACUACUACUACUACUACUACUACUACUACUACUACUACUACUACUACUACUACUACUACUACUACUACUACUACUACUACUACUACUACUACUACUACUACUACUACUACUACUACUACUACUACUACUACUACUACUACUACUACUACUACUACUACUACUACUACUACUACUACUACUACUACUACUACUACUACUACUACUACUACUACUACUACUACUACUACUACUACUACUACUACUACUACUACUACUACUACUACUACUACUACUACUACUACUACUACUACUACUACUACUACUACUACUACUACUACUACUACUACUACUACUACUACUACUACUACUACUACUACUACUACUACUACUACUACUACUACUACUACUACUACUACUACUACUACUACUACUACUACUACUACUACUACUACUACUACUACUACUACUACUACUACUACUACUACUACUACUACUACUACUACUACUACUACUACUACUACUACUACUACUACUACUACUACUACUACUACUACUACUACUACAAUAGUUAUAAUUAAUAUUAUUAAUAUUGGUGUUUCUAAAGGAGACCAUAUAAAACAGUAAACCGUAUAGGUUGAUGAUGUUAUUUUAUGUUUAAAUAAAUGAAUUUUACAUAUUAGUAAAAUAUUUUGAUAAACCUGAAGAAACCAAGAUAUGUAAAUAAGAAAACAUCUGUUGAAACUUUGCCCUAGAUACGCUUCAUUAAUUUUUUCUGGCACCUAAUCGUUACAUGAUACUUCAAGUGAGAAUAGAUGCGAACGAUAAUUUGCUUCCAAUAGUUAGGAAUAUUUAAUACAUAUGUGUAAUUAUUUUUGAAUUCAUUGGUAUUGAUUAAAUCAAAAAUUCAGAUCCCGUAAAUAAAAAAAAUAACUAAUUAGAGUUUUAAAAAGUAUCUAAGCUUUACUUUAUACACGCUAAUAAAUAUUAGAUCACUUUUAUAGAGUUGUGGAAUGUAUUAAGUUUUACUGAAAUCACGAAACGACCUUAGUCAGGUAUUCAU